AUGCGGCUGUGGCUGGCGGCGGUGCUGGGGCCGUGGGCGUUGCUGGGCGUGUGGAGCGCUCCGCAGGUCAAGCCCAACCUGCCGAGCAUCACCAACCGCACCUUCAUAGAGCAGUGCGAGCACUACCACAACCACUUCCGCAGGCUGGUCACUCCCCCGGCUGCCAACAUGCACUACAUGACUUGGGAUGCAGCCUUGGCAAGGAAUGCAAAGGCAUGGUCAAGGAAGUGCCUUUUUAAGCAUAAUCUAUAUUUACAAACCAAAGAUACACAUCCAUCUUUCAGACCGCUCGGCGAAAAUAUUUUUACUGGAAAUCACCGGGCAUUCAGUGUAAAAGCAGCCGUUCAGCUUUGGUAUGACGAAUACAGGGAUUAUACUUAUGAGACUCGCAAAUGUACUGCCCAAUGUGGUCAUUAUACUCAGGUUGUUUGGGAUAAUUCUUAUAAGGUAGGCUGUGCUGUUUCCUUUUGUCCUGAAGUUGCAGGAAUAAAAAAUGCAGGGCAUUUUAUAUGCAACUAUGCACCAAGUGGCAAUUAUCCAAGAAAACCUUAUCAAAAAGGAGCACCGUGCAGUCAGUGCCCACGUGGGGACACCUGUGUGAAUAAACUAUGUAAAAAUGCAACACGUGAUAGAAUUAUUGAAUACUAUAAUUGGCGUCCACCAUGGGUGAAAGGCUGUGAUGAAUUCUGCAUUUAUAUUGUAGCUUUAAGACCAUCACUGACAUUAUUGGCUUGUGUAGCUGUUUUUUUUAUCAAGUUAUAUUAUCCAAAUAUGCGUACAUCUUAAGAACCCAUAUUGGAAUAUAGGUCAAAAGGAUUCUACUUAAUGAAAAAGGUUUCAAGUGAGGAAGAGGAAUACAUCAUACCAACGUCAAUACCAAGACAAUUUUCCCUCGAUUAAUAUUUUUGCGAUGUAGUUGAUAAUUAUUUUAUAUAUAUAUGGUGCUUUAAAUGCUAGUGGGCUAUAACGGGCUAAUGGACUAUAAAGAAUAAGUUACUUUUGACAGAAACUUUACAAAAGAUGUUUCUCAAUUUAUAAAUAAAGAUGUGAAAGCACCAAAGAAAAGACAAAAAACUUAAGUUAAAUGUGACAAUCUAGUAAGAUUCAGUUGAUAACCAGAAACUGAAUUUUAAUUAUCCAAUUUUAAUGAAUAGAUGGUGUGUCUAGCCAAC